AUGGAGAGGUUCGUCUUCAAAGGAUUAGCAUGCAAUUUGGUGACGUAUUUGACGGAUGUAAUGAAGAUGAGCAAUUCUUCGGCGGCUAGAACUGUCAGUAUUUGGUCUGGUGUUACGUCGAUGUUGCCCUUAGUGGUGGCACCCUUGGUGGACUCUUAUUGGGAUCACUAUUCCACGAUCUUAGCAUCAUCACUCUUGUACUUUCUGGGGCUUUUGGCAUUGGUUUCGUCGACAUUAUAUAAACAAAACCCUUCGUCAUCGUCCUUAUAUUCAUCAUUGUACUUAAUUUCGUUAGGCCAGGGUGGCUACAACCCAUCGUUGCAGGCAUUUGGAGCCAAUCAGAUCGAACCACAAAACGAGCUGCCCACAAUUGAAAAUGAUCGCGAUCCAAAUAACAAAAGUUGGUUUUUUCAAUGGUGGUAUUUUGGGAUAUGUAGUGGUAGCCUUUUAGGGGUUUCGAUCAUGCCAAACGUACAAGAUUUGGUUGGGUGGGGUCUAGGGUUUGGAGUGUCAGCAAUAGUUAUGGUUAUGUCCAUCGGUCUGUUUUUGUGUGGUGGUCGGUUUUAUUCAUACAGACAACACAAAACCGUUGAUAUUAACGUUAGCUUUUUCAAAAAGAUCAUUAGAGCCAUCAAAGGUUUAAAAUCUUCUGAAAAAUCAAGGCUUGUGGAGUUAGAGCUUGAAGAAAAUCCACUGUUUUUAAAAGAAGACAACAAUGGCGUCGAAACUGGAUGUUCAUCGGAUCAGAACUCCGGUAACAGCAAUCAUCUGUUCAAAAUCAUGAAAGUGAUAAUAAGAUUACUACCAAUCUGGACAACAUUACUCAUGUUCGCAGUGAUUUUCCAACAACCAGCAACAUUUUUCAUAAAACAAGGGAUGACGAUGAAGCGGAGCAUCGGAAAAAGCUACAACAUUCCUCCGGCGACUCUCCAAAGCGCAAUCACGAUCUCGAUCAUCCUCUUGAUGCCAUUCUACGACAAGAUCUUCAUCCCAAUCACUCGAUUCAUCCUACGCAACGACAAAGGAAUCACGACGAUGCAGCGGAUUGGAAUCGGAAUGUUCCUUUCCGUCAUCGCAAUGGUGUUCGCAGCAACUGUGGAGACGAAGAGGCGUGAAGCGUCUGGAUCUGGAACUGGACGAUUGAGCAUCUUUUAUCUGUUGCCGCAGUAUAUUCUGUUAGGUGUUUCAGACAUUUUCACCGUGGUAGGGAUGCAGGAGUUUUUCUACAGCGAGGUUCCGGAAGAGAUGAAGACGAUGGGGAUCGCGUUGUAUACGAGUGUGUUUGGAGUUGGAAGCUUUUUGAGUGCAUUAAUGGUGUUUUUGGUGGAGCGAUUUACAGGGUCGGAAGAGAAGAAUGGAAAUUGGCUUUCUGAUGAUAUGAGGAAAGCAAGACUUGACAAGUAUUAUUGGAUGUUAGCAUGUACAAGUUUUUUAACCUUUUUAGGAUUUCUACUCCUUUGUAAAUUAUACAAGCCAAGUGUUUAA